AUGUCUAAGCACGCAAGAUCAGAAAAUGGCGGCGUGGGCACCCCACAAUUCAGGGACUCGGCCUCUCGACCCCAAGAUGAGUAUUUUGGAACACGUCCUGGCUGGGAGUCCGCACCUCCGACGUCGUCGGAAGCUGAAGUUGAGCGCGAUGAGAAUGCCGGCGGGCUACGGGAGCUCUGGGAGGAGCAAUCGAAUGUUCACUCCUUGUUUUCGGAGAGCCUACCCACGCGGCCAGUCUCGGUUCAGGAUGAUGGAGACAACGACGAUACCAGGUCGGACAUUCUCGUUGAUCGGCCACCUCCGAGAAGACGGCGGCGAUCACACCACAGAGCCUCAGAAAGCGCACCGUUCAUUGGGCGAUACAAGGAUGGAAAGACGGACCCCGGAAGUAUUCCUUACUUUACAGUCAAGAAUGGAUUACUCGGUGUUGGUAAACUGGACUCGAAAGGCUUGAGUACGAGCAUGAUCACCCACCCACCCAGAAACACCAUGCCAGAUACUCCUCAUUUCCGACAAGACCCUUUUGCUACAACAUCGGAGGAGACGAGUUCACAGCCGGAGCGGGGCGGUGACUUCUUACACUCCAGCUUCCCCUACCGCGGAAGUGAGGCGGCUAAGGGCCUUACUCACGUCGAGCGCGCAGUUUAUCACAUGGAUGCUGCCAAGAAGCUGUCGCCGGAGAAGUACGACGGCAUGACGGAUGCUAUCCAUCCACAAAUCUUUGCGAAGCCGGACAGGAUUCAUAGCAUCAGCGACCAACGUCCAACGGUGGGACACCGCCCGAAUAUCUUGCAGAGCAUUGAGGACGGUCCUGCGUCGGACUCAGAUGCUGAUGAGAGUGACGGCCCUCUCCAAGAGAACGAGUUCGGACAGCACCGGCCUACGACCAAGAAACUCAAGCAGAAGGUUGUGCCAAACGAUGCAACGGUUGUCUUUAACCCUCAGAAACCUAUGGUUCCACCAAAGCCUUCGAAGACAGUCGUUAUGCAAGAUGAGGUCUUGCAAGCCAGCCCGAUGUCUCGCUUCAUCGGCCAGCACUCUUCAAAAAAGAAGCGCCACCGCGACAUCGACUAUGACGAUGCGGUUCUCGAGAAGAUGAGCUUCGCGGAUCUUCAGAAUGAACCCUUCGACCACGAUCCCACCAAGCAGGCUGUUCAGUCGCCCGCCAAACCUCCAGCAGAUAACCUUGACGAAAUGCUCCAGUUCUACAGAGACAAAAGUGAGGGCGCGCAGACCCAAUUUUUCACUCAGAUGUCGGUCCGAGACUGGGAGGACAGCGGCGAUUGGUUUCUGGAGCAGUUUGGGGACAUUAUGAAAAGAAUGAAGCAGGCGCGUCAGGACAAGCGCAAGAUGGUAGAGCAUUUUGAGACGGAGAUUUCGAAUCGCGAGGAGGCUGUGCGGUGCAAGAAGGAGAGCAUCGACCGCAAGCUCUCGAAGCUCAGACAUGACGGCAAGGCGAUGAUGGAAGGCAAAGAGCUGAAUGACUAG